AGGGUAGGGGAGUCAGGGCUUGCGAAGGGUGGGAUGGGCAAGUAGUGGUCGAUCGGGAAAAGGGUGGUUUUUCGGGUUGUGUUUCAGGCAGGUCGGGGAGAUUUUUGGGGGUUAGGGGAUUUGACGGUGGGUAAGCUGAGUGGCUGGCAUGACGGACAAGGGGAAGUGCAGUGUGGGUUGGCUAAUGGGCGGUGGUCGGUGGAGAUGGGGUGGUCAGGGAAGGAGAGGGUGGCUGGGACGCUGGGUUGUCUGUUUUUUUUUUUUUUUUUUUUUUGGUUUUUUAAUAAUUAAAAAAAAUAAUGGACCUAUUAGUAAUUGACACAUUCAACAACAAGUAAUGGAUCUUUAGAUGAAGGCGGGUAUAAAAGUUGGAUUUUUGUGAGAUAAUUAAAAAGUUGGAUUUUUAACGUCAGACCGCUCAAAUGUUGGAUUUUUAAUAUCCAUUUUUCCAUUUAUUUAUUAUUAUUUUUUUAAGAAGUCCAAAAAAUCACUAAUUUUCAUUGAUUAAAGCCAUAUGGGACUAAGAAUCCAAAUAUUAUAAAUAUAUAAUGAUUUGACAUAUUCUCGAUUUGUUAUCUCUAAGGCUUACCAUUGGUAAGAUUUGAUGAAAGCCCCUAAAAAAUAGAAAUGUAUUUUUAGAGGCCGACCCGGUUGAUCAGCCUGAUUAACCAAUCCUUGUUAAUCAGCUGCUUCUGUGGGCCCUCUUGAGCAAAUGUAGUAUAUUUUUAUUGAUUUGUACCGCUGCUGACAUGGAACAUGUUAACGGGCUUGUUUGCGCCGUUAAGAAGGACGUUGUUAACGUCGUUCAAUCCUGAACUAACGUCCAUCCCCCAUAAUUCAGAAAGAAUUUUAAAAUUGAAAAUUAUUAUCAUAGAUCUACUUCAUCUUGUGUUUCGAAAAAUGGAAGAUGAGCUUAAAAUCUAGAGUAUAUGUGGUAGAUCGGUCAGGUAGCUCAAAAUCUAUCGACAUUGCCCAUCUUUCUUUAGAUAAGUUAUGGAAAACAAUGAUCUUCAACUUAGUUCUGUCGAGGAACAGGGGCAUGAUAUCCAGUCUGAUCCACUAUCGGAUUGUUUUGUUCCUGUCAUUGUUUCUGGAGAAGGUCCUUCGCAAGAAUGUCCACCCAGUGGUUUGGUGUCUCCAAUGAAGACUAUUGAGACAGUUGAAACCAUUGUCUCAACUAACAAAGUUUCUGCAUUUGCUUUGGUUGAAACUCCUAGAGUAGGCAUGGUAUUUAAAUCUUGGCAGGAUGUUGAAUGCUAUUAUAAACAGUAUGCUGAGCAAAAAGGGUUUGGUGUCACUAGGGCUCAAGGAUAUAGUUCGAAGAAGGAUAAGGUGAGGAGGGGUAUAACUUGGAAAUGUGAAUGUUGGGGUCAUCCAGACAUGAGAGCUAGUAGGGAGGCAAAGAAAAGGGCUAAAUCUAUGGAUGUGGGUGGGACUAGUGCUGAUGUAGAUGGAGUUGUCUUGGAAGAUGAGCUUGCGCGCGGGAAAAGAACCUCCAAAAAAUGUCUUUGUGAAGCAAAAAUUUAUGGUAGUGUCAAUGAGGAUGGUCUUUGGGUUUUGAGAAAGGUCAUUCUCGACCAUACCCACCUUGUAUCUCCUACCAAGUCCAAGUUAGUAAAAGAAUACCGUAUGAAGAAUUACACUACAAAUGUUAGAAGGAAUCUAAUUACUUUCUUUGAUGAGGGUGUCUCUGUACCACAGAUACAUGGGUGUUUAGGGUUGGGUAAGGAUGGUGAGAACUGCCCUACGGUGAAGGAUUUACAACAUGAAGUUUACAAGGAGAGGAAGGCGCGGCUGAAUAUGGCUGGUGGUGACUGUGCUGCUAUGAUGGAAUAUUUUGAGAGAAUGCAGGCUGAUAAUUCCAAUUUUUACCACUUUCACCGUAUAGAUGGUGAGGGAAGGAUGAAAGAUGUCAUGUGGGUGGAUGCUCGUAGUAGGGCAGCAUUUGAGUAGUUCGGAGAUGUGGUGUGCAUGGAUGCAACUUACUUGACCAAUGAGUAUGAGCUUCCUUUUAUAAAUGUUGUUGGAGUUAAUCAUCACGGACAAUCUAUUUUGUUGGGAUGUGCAUUGGUAUCGCAUGAAGACACAGACACUUAUUCUUGGAUAAUUCGACAAUGGUUGGCGUGCAUGAGUAAUAAGCCGCCCAAUGCAAUCCUUACCGACCAAGCUGCAGCCAUUAGAAAGGCAUUGGUGCUGGAAAUGCCAACUGCUCGUCACCGUUGGUGCAUUUGGCACAUAAUGCGGAAAAUCCCCGAGAAGUUAAGCAAAUGUGAUGGGUAAGUCAUAGAAUUAUUUAUUAUUUUGCACAAGGCAAAAGACCUAGGCACUUUAAUGUUCUGCUGCUUUUGUAAUGAUUUCUAAUAACCUUUGCAUCCA